AUGAACAUUUCGGAGAAGAACUCACCCGCAAGCAGGAUGACCAUCAAAAAACACCUAGUGUUGAUGGGACCUCCCGGAGCAGGAAAAACAACCACAAGUAAAAAAUUAGGCCAAAUUUUAGGAAUGAGAGUUUUCGAUAUUGACGAUGACUUGCUCGAAGUUGUGUGGCAAAUGCCAGUCUCUCAAAAACUUGCUCUCGAAGGUGAAGAAGGAUUUAUUAAAGCCGAAGGAGAAGCUUGUGAAAAUUUACGAAUGGAAAAUGAAAACCCAACAAUUAUAUCAUUAAGCGGAAGUGUUCCACUCUAUCGACCUGCGAUUGAAAACAUUCGAAAACAAGGAGUAGCGAUCUAUUUAGAUGUUCCUUCAACAAUCAUUGAAAAACGAUUGCAUGAAAUGAAAGUAGAUCGAAUUGUUGGAAUGAAGCCCGGUCAAACACUUGCCGAUUUAUUGGAAUAUCGAAAAACAUUUUACGAGCAAUAUUACGAUGUACGAGUGACAUGUUCAUCCAUGAAUGGACACUCAGUGGAAACAGUCGAUCAAGUUGUCUCAAGAAUCAUACAGGCUUUCAAUUUUUAUCGAAAUGUGAAUGGUGAACAAGAAUAUGUCAGUACUAGAGGAGAAGGAAAAGAUCAUCAUGGAAAGUCAUUGUGUGAAAUUAUUAGCAGAGGUCUCGCCAGUGAUGGUGGAUUGUAUGUUCCAAAAGUAUUUCCCUCAUCUCGAUCUUCUUCGCUCAACGAAUUGCGUGCCAUGAAAGAGCUACAAAGUUACGAGCAAGUGGCAUUGAGAGUAUUAGAAAAAUUUCCAAUGUCCGUGUCAAUAGAAAGACAAGAGAACGAACAAUGGUCGCCGUCAUUAACGAUCACACCUCAAGAAUUGAAACAACUCUUGCAUGAGGCCUAUGGAAAAAAUUGUAACAAAUUUAAUGUUGAAGAAAUUGUGAAAUUGACACCACUACACAAAAACCAAACAGACACCACUGGACAAUUUUCAAAUCAAUUUUUAGUGGAAUUGUUUCAUGGACCUACUGCUUCCUUCAAAGAUUUAGCUUUACAAUUUGUUCCAAAAUUAUUCACACAUGCCAAUACUUUGAAAUCCUUAUUUUCACAACAACAAGAAGAAAAUUCCUUCCAUUCACAUCCAAAUGUCUCCAACAUUACCACCAACAAGAAGACUGUUAUUUUAACAGCAACGAGCGGAGACACUGGAUCGAGUGCCAUUGAAGGAUACAAACAUGAAAAAAACAUUUCCAUGGUUGUCUUGUAUCCGAAAGGAGGAGUGAGUCCACUUCAAGAAUUACAAAUGUUGCAAGCACAAAACGACCAUGUCAUGGUUUUGGGUGUGGAUGGAGAUUUUGACAAGUGUCAGCGAAUGGUUAAGGAAAUUUUCUCAAAUACACCAUUGAACCAAGGAUUGAAAGAAAAAUAUGGAGCUACUUUGGCAAGUGCAAAUUCAAUGAAUUGGGCACGACUCAUGCCACAAAUUGUGUACUAUGUUUAUUCGUAUUUACAAUUGGAAAGGAAAGGAGUUAUUCAAUUGGGUGAUGAAAUCGACCUUGUUGUGCCUUCAGGAAAUUUUGGAAAUUUAUUGAGCGCUGUCUAUGCAUGGAAAAUGGGUUUCAUUUACAGGGAGGAUUCUACAGAAAACAACAUCACCUUCAUUGAUAUUUUGAAAUCGAGUAAUAUUGAACGAUUACUCUAUUUACUGAGUGAUGAAAAUUCAGAGUUGGUUUCUCGUUACAUGCAACAACUCGAAUGUGAACAUUAUUUUCAAGUCGAGGAACCUCAACUCUUGGAACAAUUGAAAGCAAAAUUUGUGGCUGCAUUCGCCACUCAGAAACAAGUGUCAGAGACCAUUGCUCUCACUUGGCGACAGAGUCAACAACUCAUGGAUACACACACUGCAGUGGCCAAAUAUGUUGGAAAUUUAUUUCAUGAUGAUGGUUGCAAAGAUCAACAACAAAUUCCACCCAUGCUCAUCAUGAGUACAGCUCAUUGGUCUAAAUUUCCGACGCCUGUUCUUGAGGCACUUGUUUCUUAUUAUCAUGAGGAUGAUGACGUUCGUCGUGGUCAUGCGGUCGAAAAUGUUCCACUUGAUUUGGAACGAGUCUUUGGUGAAAUUGAGAAAAGAACUGCUGUUGAUGAUAAUAUUGCUCACAUUCAUCCAUCGAUCAAGUCGUUGUUGAAUCAUCAUCAUGAUGGCUCAUGGAUAUCACCAUUGUGUCAGCAUUCAUAUGAAAUCGUCGAAGGUCUUUUCAAAGUACUUGGACUUCAAUAA